GACGGGCUGCCUGGGCUGGCUGGCUGGCUGGGGCUGCUGGCUGCAGGGCGGCACACGGGCAAAGACGGUGGCGAGGGGGGGGGGACACGACGACCAUCCAAACAAAGCUCUUCUUCCUACAGCGGAGACAAGAGUUAAGACACCAUCUUCCACCAUCGACGACGACGAAGAAGAAGAAGAAGUACCCGCCCUGCCACCAUUUUCGUACCAUCCCAACUUCCCUUCAAUCCCCUCGGAGGAGAACCACGACCAGCAGCGGCAGCAGGAAGCACUUGGCCAGCGUUGCCAUGAAGCAAUGCGCGCCUUUACGCGCCUCACUUCUUCCCCUUUAAGGUGCUGACACUUGAGCGUGCAUGACUAACAAGGACUGUCAAGUUGUCACUGCUUGGGAGAAACACGCACAAUGGUGUGGGAAGGGACCGCCUCUCCAGACACCUAGGAAGACUUGUCAGCUGCAUUUCCUGCCCUAAAUUGAGGAGUUAAAGUAGGGGUGGGGGCCACACAUUUGACGAGGAGUCGCUGGGCUCUGACCAAGCUUGAAGGACUUUUUUAUUUAGAUUUUUUUGCCAAGUUUGGAUCCACCUUGCCUCCUCCUCCUCAUCCCUUUAAAAGGUGUGGUCAUGCUUUCGCUGGAUGAGCCCCUGGACCUGAAGCUCCCUCGGAGGCCCAGUGGGCGGGAUAAAGGGCCGCACUCGCCCCCCCUCUCCCCUUUGUUCCCCAAACGAGCGCACCACCUCCGUAUGGCGGAUGACGGCACGGCGGUCAUUGAUCCCGCCUCCCCAGCGUCCCCGCACACAGGCGGGCAGGUAGCCCCCCACCACCGAAUGGACACCCCCACCCCGCCUGCGGUGGAUCUGAGCAUGUCACCUUCCUCCCUACGGCACACCCCAACCUCGCCAGAGAUGACCAACGGAAACUACAUUCCUUCAGCGAAUUCUCAGCUCUCGCAAGCCUUUCAAUUUUUCGUUCCCAUCGGAGCCGGGGCGGGACUUCACCUGCCGUCCUCCAUGUUCAUUGGCCAGAUGAGUGACAAAAGGGCCUCCCCUGACCUCUCUGCAGAUGAACAACUGGCUUGCCGCUGGAAGAAGUGCCGCCUGCUCUUUGACUCUCUCCAAGACCUGGUGGACCAUGUCAAUGACUUCCAUGUCAAGCCAGAGAAGGAUUCAGGGUACUGCUGCCACUGGGAGGGCUGCGCUCGCAAAGGGAGGGGCUUCAACGCCAGGUACAAGAUGCUCAUCCACAUCCGCACACACACUAAUGAGAAGCCUCACCGUUGUCCCACCUGCAACAAGAGCUUCUCACGCCUGGAGAACCUCAAGAUACACAACCGCUCACACACAGGUGAGAAGCCCUACAUUUGUCCAUAUGAGGGCUGCAACAAGCGCUACUCCAACUCAAGUGACCGCUUCAAACAUACACGUACACACUAUGUGGACAAGCCCUACUACUGCAAGAUGGUGGGCUGCCUGAAGCGCUACACAGACCCCAGUUCGCUACGCAAGCACAUCAAGGCCCACGGCCACUUCGUGGCCCAGGAGCAGGGCUCGCCGGGCGGCGUGGGGUCCUUGCUGAAGGGAAGUCAAAAUGGAGGUCUUACUGGCAGAGUGGGCAAGGAUUCAGAGAUGUCCUACAUGAGUGGGGCUCACAUUAUCAUCCCAGGGGCAACGGCCGCUCUCCUGGGAGCCCACGCGCUUCAGGGCCUGGGUGGCUCCCUGCCAUUGUCCCCCCUCAGUCCUCGGCCCCUGGACCUCAGCACAUUGGGUUGCCCUAGCUCCCCACCAGGCGGGCUGGGAAACACAUCUGUCCUAUCUUACAACGGCUCCCCACUGGGCCUGGCCAAGUCGCCCAUGCUCCCCCCAGCGUUUGCCUCCUCAACCCUGGGCAUGCCCAUGGUUCCUGUGCUGGGGGCGGCUGCCAAGCGCAGGGCCCCCAGAAAGGCCCGAGGCGAGGAGGCUGAGAACGAAGUGACAGGGGGGGUGCUUAACCUUUCCACAGGAGGGUCUCAUGAUCCCUUGUCCUGGGUGGUCAUCCCCCCGGGGACUGUGGUGCUCAAACCAGCUGUGGUCAACUGAUACACACACACACACACACACACACACACACACACACACACACACACACACACACACACACACAUUCCAGAAGAGCUCAGGGGGUCAGGAUGGGAGGGUGAACACCUUAGUGAGGGUACGGGCAGUCAAGGGUGGUGGGGGGUGGUGGUGCGGCUCACACAAUAGGUUCAAAGAGGGCAGACAAGAUACAACAAUUUGUACACUUAGACUCCAUACAUGCACGACAUUGUAUGAUAAUUGUAGAACGCAGGCCCCUUUUGUUGUUGGGGGCCCAAGCUCGAUUUGUAUCACACAAGUCCUAUUUUAUACUUCAGACUUCAUCCAUUCCUUGUUUCUUGGUUCUGUGGACAGAGCCUGUGAACGUGGCAGUCGUGAUUCCUUUCAAGUAUUUAUAAAAGUUUAUCGACCGUGUGCCUCCAGCCAAGCAGUGAGAUCGAAAACCCCGCAGAGAAACACAAUGACGCACUGUCAGCUGGGCAAAUGUUUAUUAUUGCAAAGUGAUAACAUACAGGCUAUUGUGAUUCAUAAGACAAGCUUGCCAGACCAAAGCAAGUGAACUUAACAGUUUAGUUAUACACAGCACUUAACUGGUUAUGAUCAUAAAAACCUCAAAACUGCUGCUAAACUCUCCCCCUCCUCUGGGAGCGGGUGCUUUUUUUCCCCCCUGACAAUCUGUCCCCAUUUCGGGGAGGCUGACCAACACGGACCAGCCUGGUCCAGCAGAAUGUUUGCCAGGCGUCGCAGACCUGCAGCUUUUAGAGCUACUUGUGGACAGACAAUCGGUGUAACAUCACCUGGCAAAGACCAAUAAUCACUUCCUCUUCUGUAAUGGAGGGCACUGCUGUGUAUGGCUCCCCCCUGUGGCCGAACGAGGCGCAAACGUCCCCUUGGAUAAAACCGGAUUGGCUCCUGGAUUGUCCAGCUGCUUGCCGGUGAUUGAAUCAACACAGCCAGUUUGUGUAUGAAAGGGCCAGUGUGGUGAUAAACACUGCUGUCUUGUGUUUUCCUUAAAGAUCCACCCGGCUGAAAAGCAGUUGUGAAAAACAGAUGGCCCUCCAGUAAACGCUUCACUUUAGUCGGUGUUUUGUCCUGCCUGCCAAAAUACCCAGAAAAAGUAAAGUGGGAUGUACAUAUUGCACUGGGGGUGUUUGUCGGGGGGGGGGUCCAAACACUUAGUGCCAACUACAGUUGGACUGACAAUGAAGCCACACUUCGACUAACUGCCUCAUUUUCUUGUGUCCACUAUGGGUCCAAUCAAAAAGUCUUAUUGAAAACGGUUCGAUUAAGCAGUCGUCAUGCACUUCACACGGAUUGUGGUUCAAGUCAGUUUGGUAACAAGUGUCAUUUUUAGUGGUGGUGGGGUGGGAGACAGGAGCACGAGAGGAUCAACACAAGGAACAUUCCCUCAAGAGACUUCUACACACUUCCAUCCUCUCUCUCCUUCUCCCAUCUGCUCAGUUGGCAGUCUUUCCAUGGCCGACGUCCACUUUUACAACUCAGAUCAGUCGAAUAUUUUUGUCUGUACGCAUUUAGACGAGACAUUUCUCUUUGAUGUUGAAUUUUGCUUCUGGUGUUCUGUGAAAACUGCUCUGACCUCAGCUUCUCUGCUGUCCAGGAUGAGUCCUUAGGCAAGCAGGAUGAGGUGUUUCGCAAUUCUCGGUCUGGCUCGUUAAAUGCAUUCCAUCCGUGGGAAGUUACACAAAUCAAUCGGCGUAAGCGUCAAGAUUUGUCCAGAAAGGGAAUUGUUGAAUGAAAUUGUAUAGCACAGGGGUGAGGUGGAGGCGAGGAAACAACUUCAGUUCUGUCAAAGGCAAAAUGGACUGAGGUUUAGCUCCUACAAGGAAACUCCAAAAUACCAUCCAUCCAUCUUCUAUGCCGCUUCUCCUCAUUAGGGUCGCGGGGGUAUACGCUCCAGAAAAUCAAGUUUCACGGGGAGCAGGGGAGGCCCCAAUUGUACAACAUAUUACUGUGGUGCCUUGGUUAACAUCAUUGAUCCGUUCCAGAGUGUCCGAUUCAAACCAAAAUGGACUCUAACCAUAGAAAAUUAUGUAAAUCCAAUUUAUCCGUUCCAGACACUAAAAAAUCUUAACACAAAACACAUUUUAUAGACAAUAAUUAUAAUUAUACAUGCAGAAAAUGAUGCAAAACGAAUUACUAAUGACAAAUGAACAUUUAAUAUCAAAGUUCUGCAACCAAUAAACAUGGACCUUGCCGUUUAAUAUAGAAAAUGAAAAGAUUAAAAAAAACAACAACUGCUGGUGGCAGUGGCAUCGCAGAAGUGCGUCGGCGAGGAAGCCUUGUUAGAAGUCUGGUGAAUAGCGGGCGAACGCAAGCCUAGUUUUAGCAAAAGUUUAGAAUGUUAACCGAAAAAUGUCCUAACCGGGGCGGACGUUAACCGAGGUACCACAGUAUAUUGAAGUUUAACAUGCAAUUUAACAAAAAAAAAAUGUAUGCAGGGUUCCUACGGAUUUAACAUUCCAAAGCCAACAUGCUAGCCACCAGGCCACGGUGCAGCCGUGGUAUCAUGUAAAUAAAUGAUGGAAUCAAUCGUUUAUUUUCAUUAUCGCUUUCAUUAUCCUGAAAGUUUAUGCCUUUAUGUCACCAAAGAUAUUUUCCAGGAGAUUAUGGCUAGGUAAAGUAGCUUCUGCCUGCCUGUUUCGAGGCGAGAGACGAGGGAAACAGGCACGCGUGCACAUGGCAAAAUACUGACUUCAUUUUCAUUUAUCGGGUGAUUCAUUCAUUCAUGAUUGUCCCAGGCCUAGUGCCCACAAAACAUUUUUUUUUCUGAACGUGAAAUCUUGUCAUGUUUUCAUCUCGUAAGAUCUUGUGACACCCCAGGUGGACUUUUCCAGGCCCGGAAAUGUCUAAAAAUGAAAUUGCAUACUUGCGUAGGAACCCUGUGUAUGCCACAGUGGGUAAAAGAAAUGCUCAAUUAUCAGUCCAUUCCCGUGGAAACAGUCCAACUAAAUGUUUCCCCUUUGCCCACCCUGGCUACAGAUGACAGAUAUUUGAGAGGCCAUUUUGCAAAGUAUUCAACCUUCCCCGCCUCCCCAACUACUGCCCCACCUUCACUUUCCUUUCCAGACUGAUGUCAUCUGAAACAGUUGAUGCGCAGUAGGAUAGAUGUUUCCGUGGCAACAGCGAGUCCCACAGAUGCGGCAGGUUGAAGCCGAGGACAGGCCGAGUCUGGCAGCAGAGAGCUGGCUAACGCGACACGAAUCCUCGUCGGGGUUCACAUGACGUAAGCUCCAUGUUCCAUGAAUGCGUUGAUAAACCCUUUGAGCUCUGUAAACUGCACUUUUGAUCCCGGCGUCGAGGUCGUGGGAGUGUCGAGCUUUAUUCAUUCCUUCAGCAUCCACCGUUUCAUCGACUUGAGGCUGAAUUCUAAACCAUACAAAGCGGUACGGAGGGCGUCAUCCUUUGUGUUGGCACGCGUGGUCGGUGUCAUUUUAAAAAGGGGUGCCACUGACUGAAGUGCUACAGUGUUGCACUAAAGGGUUCCUAUAAGAGAAGACUAAGGCCAGCUGAGGCCUGUUCCAAGUUUGUUUUUUCUUUGCACACGUGUGAGAUAUUCUGUCAGUAUUUUCAUUUUUCCAAGUGCCUUUUUUAUUAUUAUAGGUCAAAUAGAGAAGUUAAACAUUCUAUGGUAAAGAUUUUAUGAGAUAUAUAUUUUUUUCCUGGUUUCAUGUUCUGUGGUGGAACAUGCAAGAAUGUUAGCGUUGUAUGAAAGACUCCAGUUGCUACCACAUAGCCGCGUUCUCCCGUUUUAGAGGAAUUUUAUUACAAUAUUGCUAAUAAGGUCAAUGAAAAGGAAAGUGUUUAAUAAAUACAUUGGAUACACCUUGUGUGUUUCUGCGUGG